GUUCGAUCGUUUCGACGGUGGCAAAGAAAGGGGAAAAAUGGAAAACCCCAGCACAGUAAAAUUGCAAAUGAUUUAAGGUGAUGAACUGUCAUAUAGCCCUUCUAGAGAGAGAGAAUCGGUCUUAGAGAGAAGAAAUCAUGAUGAUUUCAGAUGCUAUGGAAGACGAAGAGAAAUGGUUAGCAGAAGGAAUCGCUGGAAUUCAACACAACGCUUUCUACAUGCAUCGCGCCCUGGAUUCUAAUAAUCUCAGAGAAGCCCUAAAAUAUUCGGCACAGCUGUUGUCUGAGCUUCGGACUUCAAGAUUAUCUCCUCACAAAUACUACGAGCUCUAUAUGAGAGCCUUCGAUGAGUUGAGAAAGUUGGAGAUCUUCUUUAAGGAAGAAGAGAGGCAUGGCUGUUCCGUCGUGGACUUGUAUGAACUUGUCCAACAUGCUGGAAACAUUUUACCUAGACUGUAUCUCCUGUGUACAGUAGGGUCUGUUUACAUAAAAUCAAAGGAAGCUCCUGCUAAGGACGUUCUUAAAGACCUUGUCGAAAUGUGUCGUGGGGUUCAGCAUCCCAUACGCGGGCUUUUUCUUAGGAGUUACCUGGCACAAAUUAGUAGAGAUAAGCUCCCAGACAUCGGUUCUGAAUAUGAAGGAGAUGAUGAUACUGUCAUGGAUGCUGUAGAGUUUGUGCUGCAGAAUUUUUCGGAGAUGAAUAAACUUUGGGUCCGGAUGGAGCAUCAGGGACCUGCCAGAGUGCGAGAUAAAAUGGAAAAGGAGAGGAAUGAGCUGCGUGAUCUUGUUGGUAAAAAUCUGCAUGUCCUUAGUCAGAUAGAGGGCAUUGACCUUGAUUUGUACAAAGAAACAGUUCUUCCCAGGGUCUUGGAGCAGGUUGUCAACUGUAAGGAUGAGCUUGCACAGUAUUAUCUGAUGGAUUGCCUGAUUCAGGUGUUUCCAGAUGAGUAUCAUUUACAGACUCUUGAAACCCUGUUAGGAGCUUGUCCCCAGCUCCAGCCUACGGUUGACAUCAAGACAGUACUCUCCCAACUUAUGGAGAGACUAUCAAGUUAUGCUGCUUCUAGUCCAGAAGUCCUACCAGAGUUCCUUCAAGUAGAAGCUUUUGCAAAAUUAAGCAGUGCUAUCGGGAAGGUUAUUGAAACUCAGGGUGACAUGCCAAUUGUUGGAGCAAUUACUUUGUAUGUUUCUCUUCUCACAUUCACUCUUCGUGUUCAUCCUGAGCGACUUGAUUACGUGGAUCAAGUGCUGGGAUUAUGUGUCAAGAAACUUGCAAACAAACCGAAGCUUGAAGAUAGUAGAGCUACAAAACAAGUUGUUGCACUUUUGAGCGCCCCACUGGAAAAAUACAGCGAUAUUGUCACUUCCUUGACAUUGUCUAAUUAUCCUCGAGUCAUGGAUCACCUUGACAAUGGAACUAAUAAAAUCAUGGCUGUGGUUAUUAUUCAAAGCAUAAUGACUAACCAUGCUUAUGUAUCAUCUGCUGACAAGGUUGAGGUUCUUUUUGAACUUAUUAAAGGGCUUAUAAAGGAUUUGGAGGGAGAUUCGGAGGAUGAGCUUGAUGAGGAGGAUUUUAACGAGGAACAAAAUUCUGUUUCUCGCGUUAUACAUGUGCUAUAUAAUGAUGACCCAGAGGAGAUGUUGAAGAUUAUAUGUACUGUGCGAAAGCAUAUCAUGACUGGAGGCCCUAGGCGUCUUCCUUUCACAAUUCCUCCUCUUGUGUUUUCUGCUUUGAAGUUGGUUCGGCGGUUGCAAAAUCAGGAUGGGGAUGUAUCUGGAGAAGAAAAUCCAGCCACGCCUAGGAAAAUCUUUCAGCUCCUAAACCAGAUAAUCGAGGCACUUUCAUACGUUCCAUCUCCUGAAUUGGCAUUGAGGUUGUACUUGCAGUGUGCAGAGGCUGCCAAUGACUGCGAUCUGGAACCAGUUGCUUAUGAAUUCUUCACUCAAGCAUUUGUUUUAUAUGAGGAAGAAAUUGCGGACUCCAAAGCUCAAGUGACUGCAAUUCACCUAAUAAUUGGAACCCUUCAGAGAACAAAUGUAUUUGGUGUGGAGAAUAGGGAUACCUUGACACAUAAAGCCACAGGGUAUUCAGCCAAACUUCUAAAGAAGCCGGAUCAAUGCAGAGCGGUUUAUGCAUGUUCACAUCUGUUUUGGGUGGAUGAUCACGAUGGAAUCAAGGAUGGAGAAAGAGUCCUCCUUUGCCUUAAACGUUCAUUAAGGAUUGCAAAUGCUGCACAACAAAUGGCAAGUGUUGCACGAGGUAGCAGUGGCCCUGUUACUCUCUUUGUCGAAAUACUCAACAAGUACCUCUAUUAUUUCGAGAAAGGCAAUCCACAGAUAACGAGCGCUGCAAUACAAGGGCUUAUAGAGUUGAUCAAAACCGAAAUGCAAAGUGACACGGUAACACCCGAUCAAACUUCGGAUGCUUUCUUUGCUUGUACCUUAAGGUACAUUCAGUUCCAGAAACAGAAAGGUGGAGCAAUGGGGGAGAAAUUUGAUACCAUUAAGGUGUGAUCUUUUCCAACUAUAUUUUACUUGCUGCUUCUUUUUUUGUUGUUGAUUUACAUAUGGGCAAAGGCAGUUUGGUGUGAUUUCACAUGUUUGCAUUUCCAGCAAUUGAUUUUGCUUUGCCUUC